GCUUGCAUGUGCAUCAUCCAUCAUUUAAGCCUAUGACAAUGAUGAAAAUAUUUCAGUCGAGUCUUAUCAGCUGUAAAGUUUAAACUACAUAAAUCGAAUUUUGCAUCGAACUAAAACUUAUCAACAUGAUUACAUUAAUUAUACUUGCACUCGGUGCAGUUUCAAUACUUGGAUUAUCGAUUAACACGGACGAUGGUGGGAUAAAUGUGAUUAGCAGUGAUAAUAAAUUAAAUGAGAAAUUAUGGCACAAGUUUAAGCACGACUUCAACAAGUCCUAUGAAUCAUUCAAUGAAACAACAGCAAGACGUGAAAUAUUCUAUGAAAAUUUAAGGAUCAUUCAUCGUCACAAUCAAAUGAAAGAUAAAACAUUUAAGAUAGCUGUGAAUCAGUUUGCUGACAUGACAUUUGAAGAACUGUACAAACAGAAUAACUUUGAGGAAGAUGAUUUUUAUGAAACGACUGAUUUUAAGGACUUUGAACCACCAAACAUUGUAUUAUUUACGGAUAAUAAUUUUAAUAAGACAACUCCUGACAAUUUCGAUUGGAGGGAUAAAGGCAUAAACUUCCCUGUCAAGAAUCAAGGACGUUGUGGAUCAUGUUAUGCAUUUGUGGGUCUAGAAGCACUAGAAAGUGCAUUUUACAUUAAAACUGGCAAGUCUUUUGUGUUUUCGCGACAAGAAAUCGUGGAUUGUGCAACAAGUCAUGGAACUAAAGGAUGUGAUGGAGGCAUACUUGAUGGAGUAUACUCCUAUAUUGAUAAAACUGGCGGAUUGAGUCUGCAAAAUAAUUAUCCAUACAUAGAGAAUCAAAGUCAAUGUGAAAAGAAUGUUAAACGUGUAAAUUUUCGAAUUAAGGAAAUGAUCGAAUUUGAGAGAGAAGAUGAGGAACUGCUUAAAAAAGCUUUAUAUAACGCAGGUCCUAUAAUUGGCGUUAUUGAUUCAUUAAAUGAUUCAUUUUAUCGCUAUUCAAGUGGAAUUUACUACGAAGAAGGCUGCAAUGAUGAAACUAGAAUGCCUACCCAUGCAAUUUUACUGAUUGGAUAUGGAACUGAAAAUGGACUAGACUUUUGGACAUUUAAAAAUUCAUAUGGAAAUAAAUGGGGUGAGUCUGGAUACAUGAGAAUAGCCAGAAACAGAAAUAAUCACUGCAAAAUUGCCUCCUUCAAUCUAAUUCCAAUUAUCGACGAGUCUCAAGAAUGAGAGAUCAAUUAAACUGAAAAAGAUUUAAUUAUUGUGGAUCAAUGUCAAACAAUGCUGAUGUGAACUUGAAAAAUUGUUUUUAAGAAUGUGGGACUACAAUUAAUCCUACCUAUUGAACGGCAUUGAAUAAUUUUUCUAGAAUUAGCUUUAAAAUUAUAACUAUUGUCUGCAUUUUGGGUCAAUAAUUAGAUUCCUUUCCUGGAUCAUAUUGUACUCAGUAUAUAAUUUAUUUAAGAUUCUAAUGCAUACUGUAUCUAAUCCAUUCUUUAAACAUAAUUUCCGUUACAAUUUUUUUGAAUUUUUCAUAAUUCAGCACUUUUAAAAAUCAGAAAUACGUUACAAACUCAAACAGUUAUAGUAUUACAUUAUCAAUCGAUUAAGAUUAGAUUAUCAACUUCCUCAUCUUACUGAUGCCGUUUAUUAAAUUAUCUUAAUUGUGUUAUGAUUGCGCUCUUAAUCGCUUCAUUAUCACCAUUAGCAUACAAUAAAGUUCAUGA